UUUUGAGAACGAAACUCUAAUUGCGAACCGUGUGUCGUCGUCGCCGGAUUGGAUGUUGAUGUUGAUUUUGGUUUCGUGUUUCGUGAUUCGUAUUUCCCGGCUUUCGCGGCAAUCAAGCGCUUGGAUAAUAAUCGUAUUAUAAGUGAGCAUUAGUAAGCCAUAAAUCUGAUUGAAAGUGCCGGGCGCCAGGGGUUUUUCUUCCCCAUUGUGUUACGUGACAGGUGUUGCAAUGUUCCACUGAGCGACUGCCAAGAGCGCGAGACAUUGAAUCGGGUUCAAGAAUUUGGCCAUAACCGAAAAACGUCAUGGUUGAGAAGGCCUCGAAUGCGUUUACGCUGGAAAAGCUACGCAAUCUGCAAUGGCAAAAGGUGUUUCAUAUGUUCUACAUUGAACCGGUUGUCUUCAUGCUGCUGUUCUCGCACACGCUGUCGGGCACCAUCCAGCGCAACCAGGUCAUCUAUCAGACGUGCACGGUCAUCUUCCACUACAAUGAGUCCGACUGCAAGCAGCUGGAUGUGAAGAACGCCAGUGCCGAGAUAAAUGCCAUUGAGACGGAGCUGCAGCCGUAUGUGGCCAAUCUGUUCCUCACCCGCACCCUCCUGGAGAGCAUCGUUCCGGCCUUCUGCGGCCUAUUCAUUGGUUCCUGGUCGGAUCACUACGGACGCAAGCCCCUGCUCAUUGUUUCCAUGAUUGGAUUCUCCGCCUCCUUCCUGAUGAUGGCCGCCAUUUGCGAGCUGUCCAGCUAUUACGUGGUGAAUCCCUGGUGGUACAUCAUGGCGGCGGUGCCCCACUCCCUGCUCGGCGGGAAUUGCGUCUUCUCGGUGGCCGCCUUCUGCUUCAUCUCGGACAUCACGGAUUGCAAGUCGCGACCUUACCGCAUGAUCUUCAUGGAGUCGCUCUUCUUUAUCGGCCUGACCAGUGGAUCCCUUCUGUCCAGCUUUGUGUACGCAGCAGUGGGUGCGGCGGCCACCAUCGGACUUUCCGGCUGCAUCGUGACCUUCGCCACUUUCUUCAUCAUUUUCUUUGUGCCCGAGAGUCUGCACUAUCGUCAAGCGCAAGACACCACGAGCGCGAUCGCCGCGAACGGGGAGAAGGAUUGCAAGGAGAAGGAUGUGCCGAUCACCGCCUGUGACCUGCAAUUGGACCGCGUGGCCAUCGACUGUCCGCCCAACUUCAUGGCCGAUGAGGAGCUGGAGAAGAAAAAGGCGAAUGAAAAGGAUAAGCGGAUGGAGCUGCCCACACCAGCGACUCCUGCGAUGAGCUUCGACGAGGACCUGCUGGCCAAGUACGUGGAGCGGCUGCCCCAAAAGGCGGAGGAGCGCAAGCGCAAGGAGGAGGAGGAGCGAGUCAAGAAGGCGGGUCUGUUCAGUAUGGUCCACAUCAAAGACAUGCUUAGCACCUGCUUCAAGCGACGCGAUCAUCACGCACGCGCCAUCAUCUGGCUUGUCACAUUUGCCAUGUUCCUGUCCAUCUUCGUUUUUGAUGGCGUGAUGACUGUGAUGUACCUGUUUGUGCGCGAGAAGUUCCACUGGACGGUGAGGGAUUACACAUUCUUCGAGACGGUUAGCCACCUGGUUCCCAUGAUUGGCGCACUCAUAGGAUUUUUGAUCCUGCGAAAGGUCUUUCGCCUGUCCGUUGUGACCUUAGCCCUGCUCGCCUUCUUUUCGGAGAUUCUGAACAAUCUGGCCAAGGGCUUUGCCACGAUGCCAUGGCACAUGUACCUCUCCGUGACUCUGGGCGUCUUCCGCUCCAUCUCAGGACCCAUGUGCCGCACUAUAGUUUCGAAUAUAGUACCUCCCUCGGAUCUGGGCAAGAUUUUCUCCAUCAAGAAUGUGCUGCAGUCGUUCGCACCGUUCGUGGCGGCCCCCCUGUACACCCUCAUCUAUAAGCGGUCGCUCACCACGUACCCGGGUCUGUUCAACUUCGUCAGUUCGUUCCUGUACCUGCUCUCGUUCGUGUUCAUCGGAUACGUCUUGCGGAUCAAGUACCGGCACAAGCAGCACUACGCCAAGGUUUUGAAGUGAGGCGGCGACAGCGGAGAUGUGCCCAAAUUAACAUGUGAUCACCCCAACCAAGCAAUAAACAUUUACAAGUGGAGCGAAUUUAAAGAUGCAAAUCCGGAAAAUAAGCGUUUAACUGUGAGGGACUAGCACCGGUCAUCGGUUGAACAAAUUGAUCUUCUUUUACUUGUUUAUUUAUUUAAAUAUGUUUUAGUAUUUGUAGUGUGUGUUAAGUUAUCAUUAAGAGUCCCGUCCUAUACAAUUAAAUUGUUAUGAUUCACAAAACUCGA